AUGUUUUUACAUCUGCCAUUUACAAAAAUUUUAAAUUAUACUACGUGUAAAACAUAAAUGUAACCACAUAUAAAUUUUCUACAAGAAUGAAAUAUCCAAAUAUUGAAAUUAGUUCAUUACGUACAACCAAUAUUGCUUGGGAAUGAGUGGAGUAAGUGUUCUAGAAUCAUUUUUUUGUGGAGGAUUUGGAGGAAUAUGCGCUGUAUUUGUAGCUCACCCUUUGGAUACAGUUAAAGUACGAUUGCAGACGAUGCCAGUCCUCAAACCUGGUAUGCCUCCUCUCUAUUUAGGACCUUGGCACUGUAUUAAAAAGUCUACCAAAGACGAAGGUUUCUUUUUUGUGUAUAAAGGAAUGAGCACUCCCUUAAUAGCUGUCACUCCACUUACUGCGAUCUGCUUUAUGAGUUUCGAAAUCGGGAAAAAUAUAUUUGGACCUUCUGAUGGUAGCUCACUGGCUAAUUAUCAAAUAUUUGCUUCUGGAAUGUUUUCUGGAUUGUGUACUGCUCCUUUAAUUGCUCCAGGAGAUAGAGUUAAGUGCCUUCUACAAGUUCAAAAGACGUUUUCAGGGCCUUUAGAUUGUGUAGUUCAACUGUAUCGGAAAGGAGGAAUUCCAAACAUAUUUAGAGGACUAGGAGCGACGUUGAUGAGAGAUGCACCUUCGACUGGGGUGUAUUUUCUUACUUACGAUCUGUUACGACGUCAACUUAAUAAAGAAAGUCCAGAAAUAGAUAUAAUCGGAACGAUGUUCGCUGGCGGUUUCGCUGCUAUUGCUUGCUGGUUGGUAGCUAUGCCAAUCGAUGUGUUAAAGAGUAAAAUACAAAUCUCCUUAGAGGAAAAAGAUAAACAAGGUAUUAUAGAAGUUUUAAACGAAGUUUUGAAAACCGAGGGAGCUGUUGGACUCUUUAGGGGUGGCACACUUAUUUUAACUAGGGCGUUUUUGGCGGGUUCCAUUUGUUUCUUAAGUUUUGAAUUUUGUAAAGACUGCUUAAAUAGUUACAAAAAAAGACAGACAAAUAAAAAAUCAGAGGUGUUUGAACACUGAACUUUACUUUAGAGAGUCAUAUAAUUUUGUUUAAAUAAAAUUAAG